CUCUAUUAAACAAUAAUGAAUAAUGAAGAGUUUAACUAUAAUUACAAUCAUCUUAAGGAAUUUUAUGAAGGAAAUUCCUCCAUAAAAAUACACUAAAUCGAGAAAAAACAGGAUUAAUAAAAUGAGCCAUAUUAUUUGAUGAGAGAAACAAAUUUAUUAUUUUUCAAAGAUGAAUAACAUGCCAAGGCUAUGCUUAAUCUAAAACUUUUUAACAUUCUCUAACCACAUGAAAUCAUAACUCAUUAGAAUUAAAUUCUAAUUAUAAUGAAGGAUUGGAGAUCAUAUCGUUUGUCAGAAAAUUAAUUGAAUAAAUAAAAUAUCGAAUUUAUCCUUCUCUAGUUGGCAAUAAGUAAGAAAUUUAUCUAUAAUUUAGCAUUAAAUGAACUAAGCUAGAAAAAAAUUACAUGGAAUCUGUCAUCCAUUUCACAAUUAUAUUUAAUAGAAGAUUGUGUUUUUAUAUAGCUAUUUGAUUUAGAAGAUUCACACUUUAAAUUACAUAUUCCUAAUAUUGAUAUUUUUAAAAGUUUCGUACGUAAAUACGUUCCAUAGCUAAUAUAAAUUCUAGAUAUCAACAUGGAUAAUUUUGACAAAAUUAUAAACUAUUUGCUUUCAUUUGUUAAAGGAUUGAGAAUAAACUAAUAAAAUCAUUUUGGUUUAAAUUUAUUUUUUAAAAUUAUGCAAAUUUCAUCUUCAUAUGGCAUGGAAGAUAUUUACACAGUGGAAUUCAACACCCCAAAGGUAUUUGAAACUGUUUUUGGUAUUGAAUCGAAGAGUAUAUUAUAUAGAAGUUAUGAUCUAUCUAAACCUAAUAGAAAUUAAUAAUUAGAAUAUUAAAAUAGAGAAAUUUUUGUGACUGAGAAGUUGUCUAAAACAUCCAAUAUUCUAAUUAACUUCUCUUACUUGAGAUUAUUUAGUUAAACUUUUUUUUUCCAAAAAAAAUUUUUUAUGACUUUGGCUGAGGCUGCAGAACAAAAUAAGGCUAAAAACAUUGAUAACAUCGCAUAUCGAAAAAUAGCCUAUAGAGCCAUUAAUGAGUUGAGUAAAGGUUAAUAAUUCAUCAUAUCUUUUAGGAAUUUCGAUAUUUCAUAAAGCAGGUAUUAUGCAUAGAAAUAUCUCACCACAAUCAAUUUAUAUUGAUAAUGAAAACUUAGUUUAUGCACACUUUUACAUCGGAGAUUAAGGGAAGGCUAAAGAGGAAAGUUUGACUAAUUUAGGUACUCAAUAAAGUAGCUCAUACCAAUUUCAUGCUCCAGAGGGAAUGUAAGACAUCACGAUGAAAUCUGAUAUAUAUUAAUUUGGAUUAGUCGCUUUAUUAUUAUUAAAUAAAGGAACCCCUUUAUUUUCUUUUUGCUUUUUAGAUGCAGAGGAAAUUGAAAAGAAAUUUAAUCCUGAUUACAUUAACAAUAUAUUGAUUAAAAAUAAACUUGAAUAUGACAAGAAACUUAUAGAAAUUAUUGUAUAAUGUUUGAAAUAAAAUCCGAAAGAUAGACCUGAGACUGUCGAAAUUGAGAAGAAGGUAUCCUCAAUAUAUAGAAAUUAAAGGAUCAGAAUUGUGUAUAUAUUAUUAAUAUUUCAGCGAGAUGAACGUCUAGAAAUGACAUAGAAC